AUGCCUACUGAGAUACAAGGAAUCAAAUCCAGCGAUGUCCAUGCCAAGAUCAAGCUGUUGAUCGAUGGCAUGGUCAACAUCAAGGACAAAACAGGCGAGUUCCUUUUGAAGCUCGAUGAUGGCCGUGUCAUCGACACCAAGGGCUGGAAUGAUUGGGAGUGGACCCACGGCGUCGGCCUCUAUGGAAUUUGGCAGUACUACGAGCUGACGGGCGACGAAAAAUGUCUUGAGAUCAUCGAGGCUUGGUUCGCCAACCGAUUUGCUGCGGGAGGGACCACCAAAAAUAUCAACACUAUGGCAGUGUUCCUGACGCUCGCAUAUGUGUAUGAAAAGACCAAGAACCCAACUUACCUGCCAUGGUUGGACAGCUGGGCUGAGUGGGCUUACCGGGAUCUUGAGCGGACGAAAUUCGGCGGAAUGCAACAUGUCACAUAUGUCAGCUUGCACGACCAGCAGCUUUGGGACGAUACGCUGAUGAUGACUGUUCUACCGCUGGCCAAAAUUGGUCUGGUACUAAACAGGCCGCACUAUGUUGCUGAGGCUAAGAAGCAAUUCAUCCUUCAUUGCCAGUAUCUAUUCGACACCAAGACAGGCCUUUUCUUCCAUGGCUGGGAAUUUUACAAGGAUGGCGCCAAGCAAGGGAAGUUGGGGCACAACUUCGCAGAAGCGAGGUGGGCGAGAGGCAACAGCUGGUUGACCAUAGUGAUCCCCGAGUUCAUUGAGCUAUUGAAUCUCGACGUGGCAUCAGACCCUAUCGGUUCGCACCUUCGGGAUGUACUCGAGGCACAAUGCUCGGCACUCUCAUCGUUACAAGCCCCCUCAGGUCUAUGGAGGACACUGCUAGACAUCCCGGAAGAAGAAGGCUCGUACGUCGAGGCCAGCGCCACAGCCGGUUUCGCGUUUGGGAUCCUCAAGUCAAGACGGAAGCGAUACCUCGAUCCGUCCUCGCCUGUCUCCGCCCCUGAAGCCGAUGACUGCCGGAAAUUGAAAGGUGCUAAGAUAGGAGGAUACGAUGCUGUGGCGGUUAAAGCCAUCAAGGCGGUCAUUGAAAACGUAGACGAGAAUGGAGAGCUGCUGAACACGUCCUUCGGGACUGCUAUGGGCAAUACGUUGCAGCAUUACAAGGACAUCCCAAUCACAAGUAUGCCGUACGGUCAGGCCAUGGCAAUUAUGGCUCUUGUCGAGUUCUUGCGAGUGUACAUCUAA